GCGCCAACCAGUCGACACAAGCCGCAAAGAAGAAAGGCAGGCAGGAUGGCGGACGACACAAGCAAACCAGCGUCGGCGCCAUCGACUGCCGCCACAACAACGCCAGCGGUGGCGCAGCAGACUGGCGCACAAGCAGCGACGACGGUGCCGGUCGACCAACCCACCACGGCUACUGGACCAACAACAACGGCAGCGUCAACAACCGCAGCACCAACACCACCAUCCUCCGCGACCACUCCAUCAAUAACAACAACAACACCACCAGCAGCAACAGCAGCACCAGCAGCAACAGCAGCACCAGCAGCAACAGCAAUGACAACAACCCUUCCGCAACACACAGCACAAGCAAACACCACCGCUGUGGCCCAGCCGUCAACCAGCACGCCUGCUCCACCUGCAUCUGCACCCGCGGACAAUCAGCAGCACACAUCUGCCCCUGUGCAUCCAGUACAAGCAGGAAAUGCACCCGCCACUUCAAACACGCCUACACCCACAGCAACAACGGCAACAGCCGCCACAGCGUCAGAGACAACGGCGACUGCCACACCCACAGUACCUGCCACACCAACUGCCGCCACACAGCCUGGGGAUGACGCAGAGUCUGCGAGACAAGGCAAUGCCUCGCAGGCACCGAAGCAGGAAGGUGGUGAGGGCGAGGCUGGCCCGGUGUCCGUGCGCGCGCGUGUGAAGGAGCUGCUGAACCUCAAGCUGAAGGUGUUCUUGGAAGCGCACGAGUUACGGCUACGGGAGCUGUUCCUUGUAAGCACAAACAACAGCCUGGCCGACCUGCUACACGCCCGCACCAGCGGCAGCCCUGCGAUGGAGGAGUUUGUGGCGCGAAACCGCGUUGACGGCGUCACCACCGCCCGCACCACUGCGGGGAAGCGCAAGAGCAGCGCAGACAGCGGGCAGCCCACCCCAAAGCGGGCCACCGUUGGCUCGCGCUCUGCCUCGCCCGGCGGCGGCGCGUCGCCACGACCCGGGUCGCCCGUAACCGGUGGUGGCGGGCGCGGGAAGGGCCGUGGCAAGGGCAAGAGCCGCGCACGUGGCAAGACACCGCGGUCGGCAGGGAAGGCAGGCAAGAGCAGCCGGGCUGGCAGCGCGCUUGCCGAGGAGGACGCGCUGCCAGAAGCAACGCCGACAGCGGCCGUGCCUGCGACAGGCGUGGCCACACCAAAGGCACGCCGUGCAAAGGCAGCAGCAGCAACAGCAGCAGCAACGACAACCACUCCAACACCCGGCACGAGCCUUGCUGCCCAGCGCACACCACGAACCCGCAGCAAAGCCGCCUCUGUUGCUGUUGAUGCGGAAAAGCAGCCCGAGCAGGAAACAGCGGCGGUGGCAGCGGGGAAGGCUGGCACGCAGGCGAUCACCACGACAGGCGGGGCGGCACCAACAGCCACAUCAGCAGCACCGAAGAAGAUGAAGCUGAAGGUGUCGCUGGACGAGGCAGCACGGCUGCUGCACGCGGAGAAAGAGCUGCAGCAGCGCAUCAGCGAGAAGAGGCAGCAAGGGGUGUGGGUUGACAAGCGCCUGCCCAAGGUUGCCGAGCCGGCCCGCCCAAAGGUGCACCAGGACUACCUGCUGGAGGAGAUGGCGUGGCUCAGCGACGACUUCCGCAUGGAGCGCAAGUGGAAGAUUGCGGUGGCACGGAAGCUUGCGCGCGCUGUGGUGCGCUGGCAUGAGGCGCGGGCGCAGGAGGGCCGGCGACGCAUGCGGCAGGAGCUCAACCGGAAGAGGAAGGUGGCUGCAAACGUGGCGCGCGACGUGCAGGUGUUUUGGAAACAGAUGCUCAAGGUCGUCGACUACAAGCACAAGCUGGAGCUGGACGCUGUCAAGACAGAUGCCAUGAACAAACACCUGGACUACCUGGUUGGACAGACGCAGUCGUUUACAGAGGAUCUCACGCGCGGGCUGCAGGGCAAGUAUGCAGAGUACGGCAAAACGGCCAUGGCCGCACACGCGCGCCGCGCAGCCGCCAAGCACGCAGCUGCACUACAGCAAGCAACAGGCCAACAGAUCACGCUCCCGCCGGCGCCGUCACAACAACAGCAACAGCAGCAGCAACAGGGCGCACCCACACAGGUGGCCGAUUCGACGACAGCAGCUGCGGGCGCAAGUGGUGACGACGGUGCCAACAAGGCAAAGGGCAAGGCUGCAAAGAAGCAGCGCAGCAAGAGAGACGCAGUGAAGAAAGAAGAGGAGGACGAAGAGUAUGUGCCGUCUGAUGCAGAGGGCAAGGCAUCUGCUAGCCGUGGUGGUGACGGCGAAGACGAGGAGGGAGCAGGCAGUGGGGAGGAUGAUGAUGACGAGAGCUCUGUAGAUUCAGCGGAUGAGCCCGAGGAUGCGGAGGGUGAGCUUGCUGACCUUGCCAAGGGCGGGGAGAUGCCGAUUGAGGAACUGCUGGCCAUGUACCAGCGCAUGGCAGAGCAGGAGGAGGGGGACGAAGGAGAGAGCAACGAGGAGGGUGGCGAGGAGGACGAGGAGGAUGAUGAUGGUGGUGAGGAGGAUGAAGAGGGUGAAGAGGAAGAAGCCGAACGUCAGGGAAAGAAGGCCAAGAAGGCAGCAGGGAAGAAGGGGAAGGGAGGGAGAAGGAAGAAGAAGCAAGACGCCAAGGAAGGCGGGGAUGAGGAGGAACAAGAGGAGGAUGCUGGCCAAAACGACAAAGGAGAGGAUGAGGAGGAAGAAGAAGAAGAAGAAGAAGAAGCAGAAGAGGACGAAAAAGAGGAUGAGGAGGAAGAAGAACCGAGGACACCGCGCACGCGUCGGUCGCGGCGGAGUCGGUCGAGUCGCACAGCAGCAACAGCGGCAACAGCAGCGCGCGGGCGGGGCCGUGGCCGCCGCCGCAGCUCCCGUCGCAGAGGCGCCGCCGUCAAGCAGGAGGAGGAGGAGGAGGAGGAAGAGGAAGAGGGGGAAACAGCAGGAGGAGAAGAGGGAGGGCAGCAUGACGGCGCAAAGUCUGAGGCCGAGGGUGAUGGUGCUGGUGACGCUGAGGAAGAGAGUGGAACAGAUGCAGAGACAGCGGACAGGGAGACGCGGCAGGAUCUACUGCUGCUGGCAGGCAAACGACAGGACGCUGAUGGCCCCAGCACCCGAGACGAGGUGGAAGCCGUUGGGCGGGAGCUGGAGACGGCGCAGGCGGUGGACGCCACCAACACGGACACAAGCAACAUCAACACGCCCGUGCCGUUUCUGCUCAAGUGCAAGCUGCGGCCGUAUCAGCACAUUGGGCUGGACUGGCUGGCCACCAUGCACGCGAAGAACCUCAACGGCAUCCUUGCUGACGAGAUGGGCCUUGGCAAGACCAUCCAGACCAUUGCGCUGCUGGCCCACCUCGCCGUCACGCGCAACAACUGGGGGCCGCACCUCAUUGUGGUGCCCACCAGCGUGAUGGUGAACUGGGAGAUGGAGCUGAAGAAGUGGUGCCCGGCGUUCAAGGUCCUCAACUACCACGGGACCAUCAAGGAGCGUCGUGAGAAGCGCGUUGGCUGGACGAAGCCCGACCAGUUUCACGUGUGCAUCACCAGCUACAAGCUUGCCGUGCAGGACGCGCACAUCUUCAAGCGCAAGAAGUGGAAGUACCUGAUUCUUGACGAGGCGCACCACAUUAAGAACUUUGAGUCGAAGCGGUGGCAGACGUUGCUUCGCUUCACCUCUCGCCGCCGCCUCCUGCUCACGGGCACGCCGCUGCAGAACGACCUCAUGGAGCUGUGGUCCCUCCUCCACUUUCUCAUGCCGCGCGUGUUCCAGUCGCACCAGCAGUUUCGCGAGUGGUUUGGCAACCCCGUGCGGGAGAUGGUUGAGAGCACGCGUGCAGCCAAGCAGCGUGACAAGGAGCGUGUUUCCCGCCUGCACAAGCUCCUGCGGCCCUUUAUCCUCCGCCGGCUCAAGGCAGACGUCGAGCUCCAGAUGCCGAAGAAGUACGAGCAUGUGAUCACGUGCGACCUCUCGCGGCGGCAGCGUGAGCUCUAUGACGAGUUUAUGUCCCGCACAAAGACAAAGGAAACCAUCGCAGCAGGCAACUAUCUGAGUGUGAUCAACAUUCUGAUGCAGCUGCGCAAGGUGUGCAACCACCCGAAUCUGUUUGCGGAGCCGCGUGUGGUCAGUCCGCUUGUGCUGCGGCCUCUGCGGUAUGAGGUGCCUUCCCUCGUCAUCGGUGCCCUUGACGACCGCGACUGGUUUGCUGCCGCCCCGAACCCGGCACGCGUCAACUUGGACCUGUUUGGACUGGCGCUGCUGCACUGCGAACUGCGCGGCGACGUGUCCCUGCACGCGGACGCAGACGCCAUUCGCUCGCUCGGGCUCCCGGUUGGGUUUGAGAUUGAGCGCGAGCCACCGACAGAGGAGGAGAAGAACAGCGGCGGCGAAAACUACCUGGAUUUGCUCAUGCGCCGGCGCAAGCAGCAGCGCGCCCUGCUCAACCACCGCGCGCACAUCAACACGCUCAUGUGCGACCGCAGUGCCGUGUACGGUGACGCCCUGCGCUCGGCCGUGACCAUGCCGCCUCGCCCGGUCGCCUCCAUCUCAACCACGGCGCUCAGCUCGUACCUCGCCCCUCCAACCGCAACCACCACAACCACCACCAGCAGUGACAACACCGCUACCACUGACACCCCCAACAACACCAGCAACAAUGCCGCGGACCCGGACAUUUUGCCGCUUGUGCAGAGUGUGGCUGAUCGGCGAGCAGGGCUGGCUGCUGUUGUGCGGCGAUUCUCCAUGGCCGUGGAGCCUGCCCGCUGCCCGGCGCUUGAUGUCGCCCCCACCACCGUCGGCGGCGUGCGCGCCGUGCAGAAGUGCAUGUGGUCGCAGCCCCUGCGCAACCGGGCCGCUCGCCCCACCACCACUUUCCAAGCGCUUGUGCGGGACGCAGCAGAGGAGGACCGCGCGCUCGUGCUGCCGGACAGGGCGCUGAUUCAGUACCACUGCUCGAAACUGCAGGUGCUGGAGAAGCUGCUCAGGGAGAAGAAGGCUGGCGGCCACCGUGUGCUCAUCUUCACGCAGAUGGCCAAGAUGCUGGACAUCCUGGAGCAGUUUCUUGCGUUCCACGCGUUUACGUAUCUGCGGCUGGACGGGUCCACCCCCGUGGUGCGGCGGCAGCAGAUGACGGAGAGGUUCAACCGAGACUCGCGCCUCUUCUGCUUCAUCCUCUCCACGCGCUCUGGCGGGCUUGGCGUCAACCUCACGGGCGCAGACACGGUCGUGUUUUACGACAGCGACUGGAACCCGACCAUGGACGCGCAGGCGCAGGACCGCGCCCACCGCCUGGGCCAGACAAGGGACGUGCACAUCUACAGGCUGGUGUGCGCCAAGACGGUGGAGGAGAACAUUCUCAAGAAGGCGCAGCAGAAGCGGCAGCUUGGCGACAUUGCCAUUGAGGGCGGUGCGUUCACGACAGAGGGCCUGAAGAGCGUCAAGCUGAUGGAGCUGUUUGAGGGCGACUCCAACGUGGAGGACCUUGGCCCCGUCACAGGCGAGGACAAGAAGGCUAAGGCAGCAACAACAGCAGAGGCUGGUGCUGCGACUGACGAUGGCGCUGCCACGGCUGGUGAGGGCGAGGAAGGUUUCGAGCAGGCGCUAUUGGCGGCGGAGGACGAGACAGAUCGCCAGGCGUUGCAGACGGCGCGGCAGGAGUUGUCGCAGGAGCUGGCCGAGUUUGACGAGGACGGUACGCCCGUCGGCUCAACCAGCGACACGCCAAAGCGCAAACACCCCGCAGCGGCAGCGGCAGCAGCAGCAGCGACAUCGUCGGCAGCAGCCACACCAACGCGAGGCAGCAAGCGCGCCAAAGCAAGCGCGCCCACACAACAAACUGCCGAGGGUGACAUGGCAGAGCAAGAGGCGGGCGCCGCGUUUACGUCCCCAGAGCAUGAGCAGCAGCAGCAGCAGCAGCAGCAACAACAAGGGCGUGCGGGUGGCGCGGCGCGGAGCGAUGUGGAGACGGACGAGGAAGAGAUUGACCCGGCCAAGCUGCUGGAGGAGCAGAUGAAGCGGCUGCGUGGGGUGGAGCACCACGCCCUCAACGUGCUGGAGCGGUACCUGUCGUCGCAGCACGAGCGCAAGCUGGCCGAUGCCCGCCGCGCCAUGGACGAGAAGCAUCGCGCGCUGUGCAACUUGGAGAAUAGGAUGCGUGCAGGCAACGACGAUGGCCUGUCGACGGAAGAGGAGGAGGAACUCUUCUACAGCGAGGAGAAGAUGCAGGAGGCGCUGCGGGCGUACAUGGAGGCGACGGCGCAGUCUGAGGAGGCCGCCAGCCCGCUGUACGGCCCACCGCAGCCGCCGGCGCACGGCAGCAGCGAGGCCAUGGCCCCGCAUGUGGAGACGGCGCACUGGGCGCAAUACCGCGUGGCGUUUAUGCACUUUGUGCCCGCUGCGCCCGACCUGACCAAGCGGCGCAAGCGGUUCCGCAAGAAGUACAAGGACCUGCAGCGUCGGGCGAGCCGCAAGGGCACCAACUUCAUGUGGCAGCGCACGAUGGACCUGGGCGUGCGGGACAUCUCGGAGAAGCGUGCGCGCGAGCUUGGCGAGAAGGCGCUGCACCACGGGCGCGGCAUCUCCGCGUCCAUCUUCCGGCGGCGCGACGACAAGGGUGGGCGGUAUGGCAUCAAGAUGCACCGGCACCCGAAGCGGCCCGUCAAGUCCUCGGGCGCCUCCAAGGAUAAGCGGGACGUGGACACCAACAGGGAAGCGGCGCCGUGGACUGUGGAGGAGGACUGGACGCUGCUGGCAGCCGUGCGCCGGCACAUGUGCGCAAACAGCACUGUCAACUGGCAGCUGGUUGCUGACACGAUGAAUGUGUGCACGUCGUUUACAGGGCGCCCGCGCACGCGGCUGCAGUGCCGUGACCGCUACUUCAACGUGCUGGUGAACCGUGAGGACGGGCGCCCGCCCUCUAAGAAGAAGGACGAUGGCAAGAAGAAGACAAAGAAGAAGGCAAAGAAGGAAGAGCCAGCAAAGGGACAGCCGGUGCUGACGACGCAGCAGCUGCACGAGAAGGACAACCGGCAGUCUGUGAUUGACUUCCACCGCAACGUGUUCACGGCCAUUGUUAAGGCGCAUUCCUCGCGCGCGCCAGCGCCACCCCCUCCGGCCGCUUCUGAGGAGGCGCGGAAGUCCCAGCAGGCCAUUCUCGACCAAGCACGCGUGGGCACGGAGUCUGUGGUGGAGUUGACGCAGAAGCUGAACGACGAUUACCUGAAGGCGCGAUCUGCAGCCCUGAUGCAGCGGCGCCAGGCGCACAUACAGGCGAUGAAGCAGGCCCAGGCGCAAAACAUGCCGGGACGGGUGGCCAUGCAGCAGCAACAUCAACAACAGCAACAGCAGCAGCAACAACAACAACAACAACAACAACAGCUGCGGGGCGUUCCGUCACAACAACAACAGCAACAGCAACAGCAAGGGCGACCAGGACAACCACCGGCAGGAAUGCAGCAAGUGGUGGGCGUACAAAAUCAACAGCUACAGCCACAACAACAGCCACAGCAGCACCCACAGCACACACAGCAUCCACAACAGCAAGCUGGGGUCAACACGGGUCGCCACGGUGCCAUCUCUGGCCAGCGCGCUUCCAUACCUGGCGUCCGACCUCAGGGCCAGGCGCCCGGUGGCACGAAUGGCAGCGGUGCAUAUGCGCAGUCGCGUGCCAUGCCGGUAGGGAGAGCAGCUGGUGGUGGCAGCGUUGCACAACAGCAGGGCCGCCCUCUGCAACAGCACCCGCAACAAGUGCCGACAUCAACAAUGCAACAGCAGCGGCCAAUGCCCAUGACGAGCAACCCGGCCCAAGCCCGCAACAUGCCGUCUCAGGGGCCGGCGCACACCCAGCAGGGCCAGCUGCGCAAUGUGCCUGCGCGCAUGCCCCAGCAACAGGCGCAAAUCUACUCACAGGCGCCAGCAUCGCGAGUGCAAGGGCAGAUGCCCGUUGGGCAGCAGCAGCAGCAGCAGCAGCCACAACAGCAGCAGCCACGUGGUGGCGCGACCACGGCGCCUGUGGGCAACGUGCCUCGCGGGCCAACCGGCAUGGUGCAGGGUGGUCCCUCCUCGUCGUCUCAGCAGACCACACCCGUGCGUGGCGCUGGUACGGCCCCACGUCAGCAGCAACCGUUGACCCACACCUCCGGAGCAGCGGGUGCCCGCGGUGGUGUGGCGGGAAUGUCUGGCCAGCACCAGCACCAGCACCAGCAGCAACAACAACAACAACAGCCGCGUGGCGGUGUUCCCGUGUCACGGGCAAUGGGUCAGGCCCCACCGUCGUCGUCACCCCAGGUGAUGACGCAGCCAGCCAUGCCGGGCCCUGGUGGCAGCACAACUGCGCCGACCACGGGUGCCUACAUGCCGAGUGCUCGCAGCACGGUUGGCGCGGGUCAGCCAGCGCCGCAGUAUGCCCGCCCCGCUGUUGCUGGUCAGGGUAUUGGCACGGCAUCACCGCACCAGGCCGGCACGCGCUAUGCGACGGCACCCAUGUCGCGUGUGCCGGCAUCAACGAGUGUGUAUUCGACAGCAUCCACGGCGCCACACCCGCACAUGGGCAGCCCCAUGGCGAGCAGCACAGGCACAAUACGGCCCGGUGGGGUGAGGCCGAUGAUGGGCACUGCAGGGGCGACUGGAAGCAUGGCGUCGACCGUGCCAACAACCAUGAUCACAUCAGUCGGUGCCGGUGUCAGCGGGGCCACGGUGCCAACGAGCCUGCCCUACGGCAGCAGCACCACCUCCACAGUCCCCGGCCGGGCAUACGCCCAGCAGCCGCAGCAGCCCGGCACAUAUGCAUACGCACCGCAGUCGGCGGGUUCGUCCAAGGCGCACACGCCAAAACAGAUGUCACGCCGCACGUCAAUGAGCACGCACGCUGUACCCGGGAGCGCAUACGCGACGAGCAGUACCGCGGGGCCAACCGGUACUGCUGGUGCUGGUGCUGGUGGUAGUGGUGUGCAGUACAACUCUGCCUCGCUGCUGGCAUAUGUACGGCAACACUACAGCGCUGAUCCAAACUUUACCUACGUCGUGAACGUGUACAACGACAAAACCAUGUCGGAGGAAGCAAAGGUGACGGAGAUACAGCGGUGGCUGCAGACUGCGCAGACACGCUCCCCCGCGCGUGCCCGCACGUCAUCCAUGGGCGCGUCUUCAUCGUCGCCCCACGUCAUGUCGCGAUCGGCGAGUGUGUCCUCCACAUCACGGCCCAUGCCGCAAACACAGCCCGGCGGCCCACCGACAAUGCAGCAACAGCAACCACAACAACAAACACAACCACAGCAGCAGCAGCAGCAGCUACAACAACAACAACAGCCUGGUGCACCGUACAGCACAGCGCCCGCUAGCGGUUACACGCGGCAGGGGCAGUCUUGA